UUACUUCUUCCGCUGGUCGUCGCUGGUCGUUUUAUACUACUCUAAUAACUAUUUCUACUAUUUUAUAUCUGAGGCAUACUAAUCCAAGGCAACCCAAUAACAUCUUCCAAGACAUAUUAGUCAAGAUGGUCAGCUAUCGUAUGAUUGCCGUUGCCGGCUUCCUCGCCAGCGUCAGCGCUCUUCCUCUAAACAUUAAUCUUGGCGCCUAUUCUCCUGCAUUGGUGGUUGGUGAUGGUGAGAUUUCGUUCGGUGGAGGUCAAGAUGUUACGAACUUGAUGAACGCCUUGGAGGGUGCAGCAGUUAACGCCGCCACCGGGACGGCUGGAGGCGCCACUAAAAAUGUUGCUUCCGCACCUGUAGCUGCAACCAGUGCUGCUCCGAUAGACGAAAGUGGCGUCGUGGCCGCUCAGAGCAAUCCGAGCCCAAUUGUCGAGACUCCCAAAGCCCCUAAAGCUUCCGAGACCCCCGAGACCCCCGAGGCUUCUGCCACGCCCGCUACUACUGUAGACCCCAACUUGGAACAACAAGCUGCUCAAAUAUCAGGUUUACAAGGCAUGGGAAAAGAGAUCGCUCCUCGGGACUCCGAGUCUCCUAAGGCCAAGCGUGAUCUAGCUGGCUUUGACAGGGCUCUCAAAUAUGCCGAAGCGGCCUUGACCAAGGGACCCUUGAUCCAGCUUGGCACUGGCGAAGGUGGUGCUGGCGUCGGUAUCAUUGUUGAUAACAACGGCGGUGCUGCUAAAGCGGCUGCUAAGCGUGAUGAAUCUUCCUCGCAGCCGCGCCGACGAACCAAGGUCACCCGCAUGUAUGUCAAGCGCGGUGUCCCUGCUGGUAUCCAGGCAUCUAAUAAAUUCGAAACUCGCUCCGUGCAGUCUCUCCCUAUUCAGAAGGUCCCAGCAGUGGCCAAGCGAGCAAGCUCUUCCGAUACCAUCGAUGCCAUCAACCUAAACGUGGAUGACGAUCAAGGAUUCACGAUGACGUUUGUCGAGACAACAGAAGACGAAGAUGACGCCGCGAUAGAUGAAGCAUAGGAGUAAUAUACGGUUAUAAUAUAACAACUACUGUUUGCUCUCUGUCUAUUAUAUUUGUACAAUGGCAUUUUUCAUCGUUUUUGAUACCAUAUAUGGGAGUCUAG